AUGAAAGUCUAUUCUCUGCUGCUGUCGAUCGCCCUCAGCUGCUGCUGCUCUGCUGAAGAUGAUCCGGAUCCUCCGUCGAUCCAUCUGAACUCCAUCUUCCAGCCAAACCAAACCGAGGUUCCUCUGACCGCCGGCUCCGCCUUCAACCUCAGCUGUCAUGGCACCGGUUCGGUCCGUUGGACCAGCACCGCGCUCAAUCUCCUCUACUGGGACAGACUGCAGAACCCAGUGGAGGUCAGGAAGUCACACCCCAGACACACUGGAACCUACAGCUGUGGGUACACCAACCAGAGCCUGAAACACCUGGACACCUGGAUACACCUGUAUUUCACAGACCCAGAUGACACCUCCAGUGUGUUCGUCACACCUCGCGCCAGCCCUUCUCUCAAGGAGGGCCAGGACUUCCUGUUCAUGUGUCUGCUCACCGACCCGUCUGUCACCGACCUCAGCCUCCAAUUGGCAGACACCCCCGGGACCAAGGGGCGGGGCCUGCCCCAGGGCAUGAACGUGACGUUUGACCCUAAGAAAGGAGCCCUGGUCCAAGACCUGCAGACGUCGUUCAGAGGACGAUACGUUUGUUCCGGCUGGAAGGACAGAAAGCAGUUCAGAUCCACAUCUGUCAACCUGGUGGUGGUGUCUAGGCUACGUCAUCCUCCCUCCCUGUCCGUCAGUCAGCAUCACUCGGUGCGUCUGGAAGGAGAGAACUUUGAGGUCACCUGUCUGACCAGUAACCCCAACCACUUCUACAACGUCACCUGGAACCACCCGAACACAAAGACGCAGAAUGUCACUGCCAGCUCUCGCUAUAUCAACCACCGCCUGUACAUCAACAGCACCGUGAGGGUCUCACCUGUCAGUCGGACUCACGGUGGCACCUACACCUGUACCGCUGUCAACGAGGCGGGGGCCGCCACAGACACCACACAGCUCAGGGUUCUGGACCGUGCCUACCUGAGGAUCUACCUGCAGCCGAUGCAUCAAGCUAACGCUAACGCUAAGACCAUAGAGGUCAACGACAGCCUGGGUGCUAAUGUUAGCAGCAUGCUAACGGAGGUGCAAGGAGAGCUAGAAGCUAACGUUAGCAGCGGUACCCUGGAAGUGAAUGGAAAAAUUCUUGCUAACUUUAGCACCAAUCAACUGGAUGUGAAUGGGGCUAGCGGUGCUAACGUUAGCGGCGGUAGCACGGUGGAGGUGUACGAAGGUCGAGAUGUGACGUUGACCUUUGUGAUCGAAGCGUAUCCUCCAAUCAGGAGCCAGUGCUGGACGACGACGACACACGUCAAUAAUAACAACUAUACGGUGUACCAGGAGCACUACGCUCCUAACGGCUACAGGUCGGAGGCCAGCUUGUUGCUGCGGCGGAUUCGUCAGGAGGAUCGAGGUCGAUACUCGUUCCACUUUGUUAACUCGUUCUUCAACGGCACGAAGAACAUCGACCUCCGAAUCUACUGUUCUCCGAAAGCCAUCAUCAGUGUGCAGAACGACACUCUGACCUGCUACAGCUCUGGAUAUCCGUUACCCACAAUCCUCUGGUUCAUCUGCCCCGGGGUCACCGACACGUAUGUAUAUAAAUUAACUGAAUUGCUGUCAGCAUCCUCAACAGGUAGUUCAUUACAGACAACAUCCUGUGAAGUUUAGGUGUGUUGAUUGUUAAUUAGCUUCUAUCUCACACCUGUUCAUCAA